AGGCAGGUUAUUACCAGCAGAAGGAAGCGUUUCAGCACACGGGUUCAGUGUCAACAAGUAGAACAAGUUAGAUGAGAACGAACGAGCUGGAGACGUUGCCUCAUCAAUGAUCAAGUCAUCAUGCAAACACAGUGAACGGCUUCAUUUGUCUCAACCUACCAACACUUAUCAUCUUCCUCAUGUACAGAACUCCCGUCUGUUUCCUCUCAGGGUUUGGAUUCUCUGUCUUCUGCUUCGCUGCUGCAGCGGUGACUCUGAGCUGAUUGGUUCCUCUCAGCCAAUAGUAGCUCGAGUUGGUGAUGAUGUCACGUUACCGUGUCAUCUUGAACCUGCCCUGGAUGUUGAUAUGACAGCGUUGGAGUGGACGAGGCCUGACCUGAACCAGUUUGUGUAUGUGUGGCGAUCUGGUCAGGAGUUGGUCAACGACAUCCAUCCAUCGUACAGAGGCAGAACAUCCAUGUUCUCUGAUCAGCUGAAGGAGGGAAACAUGUCCCUGAAGCUCUCUGAGGUAGAACUGUCUGACAGAGGAACCUACAGGUGCUUCAUUCCUAAACUCAGCAAACAGGCACUGGUUACGCUCAUUGUUGCACCAGACGCUGUUUCAUCCCCCGUCAUCAGUUUAUCAGGACUCGACAGAGACAGAGGUGGAGUGGUGCUGGAGUGUAGGAGUGGAGGCUGGUUCCCAGAGCCUGAGCUGCUGUGGCUGGACGCUGAGGGAAAGCUCCUCUCUGCUGGACCUACAGAGACAGUCAGAGGUUCUGAUGACCUCUAUACUGUCAGCAGCAGAGUGACUGUGGACAAGAGACACAGCAGCAGAUACACAUGCAGAGUCCAGCAGACCUCCAUCAACCACACCUCAGAGGCUCACAUUGAAGUUACAGAUGAUUUCUUUAACUUCCCAUCCAGUUUAUUUGCUGCUACUGUUGGUUUAUCCGUUGCUUUUGCUGUUUGCAUCUUGUUCAUUCUUCUGCUUCUGUUGCUGUUUUUUAACAUAAUCAGGUGCAAAAUAUGUGAGAGGGAUGAAAACUGUGGGAAAAGGAAGAUAAUAGAUCAUUUUAAACAUAGGAGGGAGAAAACAGAGAGAGUAAAGACCCUGAAAGAUGAACUGAAAAACAAGAACAAUGAGGUUCAACAGAAACAAACUGAGCUGCAGCGGCUACAGCAGGAGGAAGAGAACAGAGAGAAGAUUCUGCAAAGUGUGAAGAAAGAGCUGGACACGAGGAACAACGAGGAUCAGCAGAGGAGGGAGGAACCUGAGAAGAGAGUGAAGACCCUGAGAGAGGAGCUAAAAACCAAAAAGGAACAGGACAUGGCAAACUGUACCAAGCUCGUUGUGAUGGAUAAUGGCCCAUGUUUUAACUGCAAAGAACGACAAGAGUUACAGACGUACGACUUCCUGCACAUCACUUCAGGUCCACUGUAUCCACAAUCCAAUGGAAAAGCAGGAAAAGGGGUUCACAUCCUGAAGCAGCUUCUGAAGAAAGCUGUUGAUAGCAAUUAACUUACCCUAUACACAAAAGCAGCAGGAUUCAAAGCUUGAGAAGAAGUUCAUGAAAAUGAAGCUCAAGCAAAAGUUGUUUUAUGACAGAUCCUCAAAACGUCUUGAACCACUGCUCAAGGACGACAAGGUGAGGGUUGAAGGUGCAAAUGCAGGGAGCAGUGAAGGUGAUCUUACUCAGUGAAGACACAGGAUGGACAGGUGCUCAGGAGAAACAAUAGACGUCCACUGAAGAGUGAACAAAAUGCACCAGAGCACGAAGGAGCAUGUGAAAGCGCUGAAUCAACAUCAUCAGCUGAACAAUGUUAAACUCUUACUCUGAAGCACGUGCAAACACAACUCCUCAGGAGACACGACUGCUAAGAUCAACUAGAGUCAUUAAAAACCUGACAGACUUAACUUUAAGAUGGUGAUGGAAAUGGUGUGUCAGCCUUUGAAAUGUCAUGGUAAAUGUGAAUGGAAAGGUUUGUUAAAAUGUAAACAUUAUUUAGCUGUACCAGUUUAAUUACAUUCAUUAGUUGUGUGGUUGAUGCGAUAAAGCGUUAUGUGUUAAGGUAAGAUGUUUGCUUUAGUUUGAAGUUUCUGAAAAAGGAGAACGUUAUAUGUGUGGUGUUCAGUGUAACCACCAGAGGGCAGUAGUGGACUGCAGACUCAGUAGAGAGGUAAGUAUUAGUGCUGGAGAAGAGGUGAGAGGGUGUAGAGAGGCGGAAAAAGGUAAAAGAGGAAGUAAUUAACGGACUAAUAGGUAACAGGUAAUAGGAGACCUCACUGUCUGUGCACAUUUCUUUACCAAAGUGAAGCUCAUACACCAAGAUCAGGUCUGAGCCCCUUCUUGUUUGCUUUGCUGAUGCACAGACUGACAGACGAGGUCAGACUGGAAUCUGGACAAUGAUGUUUGAUCAGUGAGGAGAGAGCAGGUGGAGGAACAGCUGGAGGUGGAGGUUUGCUGGAAAGAAGAGGCAUGAAAGCUGUAGUAAGACAGAAUACAUGAGUCUAAACCAGAGGUAGAACAGUGAAGGUACAUGGGCUGAGGUGCAGAAGCUGCAGCAGUUUAACAGUUCAGUGUGAUGAUGAGUGUGGAACAGAGGUGGAGGAGAGUGCAGGCGGGUUGGAGCGGGUGGAGGAAAGAAGAAGAAGAGUGUGAGCAAGACUCAAAGGGAAGGUGUAAAGACAGUGGUGAUUUCAGCUCUGCUCUGUGGGUUAGAGACGGUAGCAGUGAGGAAGAGGUGGAGCAGAGAUGAAGAUGCUGAGGUUCUGUGAUGAGGUUGGACAGAACCAGGAACCAGCUCAUCAGAGGACGGCUCACGCUGCCUGUUAGCAACAAAGUCAGAGCACAGACUGAGGUGGUUUGGACGUGUGCAGAGGAGGGAGAGGGAAUGUAUUGGUGAAAGGAUGUUGGAGAUGGAGCUGCCUGACGAGAGGAAAUGUUCACUGAACCAAACGUUGCUCAUCACUUUUUUCACCAGUUGGAAAUCAAAUGUGAAGUGAUCCGUGUCCUAGAUAAAAUAAAUUGGAUGAUGGACCGGAACCUGCAGACACUGGUGGGAAAUCAAGAAAUGGACUUCCCUCAGGUUCAUGUUUUACCUUAGUUUGUGUAACUAAGGCAAAAACAUACUAGUUAAGGUAACCUGUGGUCAAGUGUAGACAGCAAAUAUGAGAAUCUCGCUCUCUCUCUCUUUAAUAUAUACAGUAUAUAUAGAGAGAUAUUUCUUUUCUACUGUAAUGUGGUGUCUGUUUGCACCAAGAACCCAUCCAAUAUCAUUGUAUCCAUGCUUACACAGGCUAAACUAUCGUAUUGUAUUGUAUUGUAUUGUAUUGUAUUGUAUUGUAUUGUAUUGUAUUGUAUUGUAUUGUAUUGUAUUCUAAGUCCUGUCACCCUCUGAU